ACAAACAAAUUUGAGAUUUAACCUUAUACACACCUUAAUACGAUCAUUAAAUAUAUAUUCUUAUACACGAUACGAUUUUAAUCAAUCAAUACAUCAAACAAUUCAGCAAACAAUCGAGCGAUAACUUCAAUUUGCAAAAAACUACUUCAAAUACCUACAAACAUACUCAGACGCUGCUGUGGAUCAGGCGAAGCAUAAAUCAGCAAACAAUAAGCCAUCAAGUAUUAUUAGCUACUAAAACGAACUCAGACUCGGGAUCAGCCUCAGAAAUCUCAGCACGAGAUCAUCCAACCUAACUCAACUUAACGCAACUCAGUCGAACUCAUCUCAUCGUCAACGGAAGAAGCCUCAACCAGAAUACAACAGAUACAAGUAUAUAUAUACAUAUAUAUAUAUAUAUAUAUAGACAUAUGGUAAUGAUCAAGCAACUGUGGGCAGGUAUAGGAACAACGCUAAGCUAAACGUAAGGACUAAGGACAACAAGAAAUUCUCUAGAUUACAAUAGAAUACAGAAGAAGAGGACAACUUUUUCAUGCAACUUUGAAGGCUGACAAAACAAAUUUUUUGAUAAUCCAAAAGCAGAAGCGAACAAAUUACAAAGCAAACUAAAUACAAAAUACAAAAUACAAAAUACCACAAACAGCAACAAAACAAGCGUUAAGAAGAAGAGACUGAUUUUAAAAUAAGAGCUAGGCAGCGAAAAGGAUAAAAGGCAGCAGAAAGUGAGGCAAAAGUGAUUCAGGAUCAAAUCCAACUAAAACGAAAACAAAACGCAACUUUCCAUACAGCAUAUUUAGAGUAUAUAUCUAAGACAGAUUGAUAUUUUUGAGCGAUUAUCCCUACUUUGAUACAUCAUGUUGAAGAAACUCAAGUGCAUGGAGGCGGUGCAGGCCGCAGCGGCUGCCACAUCAUCCGGAGGCUCAUCAGGAAGUGGUCCCGGUUCCGCAUCCGGUUCAGGAUCCGGAUCGGACUCCAAACUGAUCAAGACCGAGCCCAUUGACUUUGAGAUGCUGCAUCUGGAGGAGAACGACAGGCAGCGCGAUAUGGAGCGGGAGCCGAGCAGCAGUAAUUGCAACAGCAGCAGCAGCAGCAACAACAGCUUGACCCCCCAGCGAUAUACCCACGUGCAGGUGCAGACCGUGCCACCACGCCAGCCCACGGGUCUGACCACGCCCGGUGGCACCCAGAAGGUCAUACUGACGCCUCGCGUGGAGUACGUGCAACAGCGAGCCACCAGCUCCACAGGCGGUGGCAUGAAGCACGUGUACAGCCAACAGCAGGUGGGUGCUGCAUCGCGAUCCGCUCCGCCCGAGACCACGGCCCUGCUGACCACCACCUCGGGCACUCCCCAGAUCAUCAUCACCCGCACCCUACCCUCCAAUCAGCACCUGUCGCGCCGCCACUCGGCCAGUCCCUCCGCCCUGCACCACUACCAGCAGCAGCAGCCACAGCGCCAACAGUCGCCGCCACCGCUGCACCACCAACAGCAGCAGCAGCAGCAGCAUGUCCGCGUCAUCCGCGAUGGCCGGCUGUACGAUGAAGCCACGGUGGUGGUUGCUGCACGGCGGCACUCGGUGUCGCCACCACCGCUGCACCACCACUCCAGAUCGGCGCCCGUGUCGCCGGUGAUUGGCAGGCGCGGUGGUGCUGCCGCCUAUAUGGAUCAGCAAUAUCAGCAACGGCAGACGCCACCGCUGGCACCACCGCCGCCGCCUCCACCACCGCCGCCACCACCACCGCCACCCCAACAACAGCAGCAGCAGCAACAGCAAUACAUCUCCACUGGUGUGGCACCACCGACGGCAGCGGCUCGGAAGUUUGUGGUCAGCACCAGCACGCGACACGUCAACGUGAUCGCCUCCAAUCACUUUCAACAACAGUCGCAUCAGCAGCAUCAGUCGCAUCAGCAGCAUCAGCAGCAUCAGUCGCAUCAGCAGCAUCAGCAGCAUGUGAUCGCCAGCGUUAGUUCUAGCAGCAGCUCAUCGGCCAUUGGAUCGGGCGCCUCUUCUUCUUCGCACAUCUUUCGCACGCCCGUGGUAUCCAGCAGCAGCAGCAGUAGCAGCAGCAACAUGCACCACCAGCAGCAACAGCAGCAGCAGCAGUCGAGCCUGGGCAACUCGGUGAUGCGGCCACCUCCGCCGCCGCCGCCGCCCAAGGUCAAGCACGCCUCCAGCUCCAGCAGCGGCAACUCGAGCAGCAGCAACACCAACAGCAGCAGCAGCAGCAGCAACAGCAGCAGUAGCAGCAACGGCGAGGAGCCGUCUAGCUCCAUUCCUGAUCUAGAAUUCGAUGGCACCACAGUGCUGUGCCGCGUUUGCGGGGAUAAGGCCUCCGGUUUCCAUUACGGCGUGCAUUCCUGCGAGGGUUGCAAGGGAUUCUUCCGCCGCUCCAUCCAGCAAAAGAUCCAGUAUCGCCCGUGCACCAAGAACCAGCAGUGCAGUAUUCUGCGCAUCAAUCGCAAUCGCUGUCAGUACUGCCGCCUGAAAAAGUGCAUUGCCGUGGGCAUGAGUCGCGAUGCUGUGCGUUUUGGACGCGUGCCGAAGCGCGAAAAGGCGCGCAUCCUGGCGGCCAUGCAACAGAGCACCCAGAAUCGCGGCCAGCAGCGAGCCCUUGCCACCGAACUGGAUGACCAGCCACGCCUCCUCGCCGCCGUGCUGCGCGCCCACCUCGAGACCUGCGAGUUCACCAAGGAGAAGGUCUCCGCGAUGCGGCAGCGGGCGCGGGAUUGCCCCUCCUACUCCAUGCCCACACUUCUGGCCUGUCCGCUGAACCCCGCCCCCGAACUGCAAUCGGAGCAGGAGUUCUCGCAGCGUUUCGCGCACGUUAUUCGCGGCGUGAUCGACUUUGCCGGCAUGAUUCCCGGCUUCCAGCUGCUCACCCAGGACGACAAGUUCACGCUGCUGAAGGCGGGACUCUUUGAUGCACUGUUUGUGCGCCUGAUCUGCAUGUUCGACUCGUCGAUAAACUCGAUCAUCUGCCUGAAUGGCCAGGUGAUGCGACGGGAUGCGAUCCAGAACGGUGCCAAUGCCCGCUUCCUGGUGGACUCCACCUUCAAUUUUGCGGAGCGCAUGAACUCGAUGAACCUGACAGAUGCCGAGAUCGGCCUGUUCUGCGCCAUCGUUCUGAUCACACCCGAUCGCCCCGGUCUGCGCAACCUGGAGCUCAUUGAGAAGAUGUACUCGCGGCUCAAGGGCUGCCUGCAGUACAUUGUGGCCCAGAAUAGGCCCGAUCAGCCGGAGUUCCUGGCCAAGUUGCUGGAGACGAUGCCCGAUCUGCGCACCCUGAGCACCCUGCACACCGAGAAACUGGUCGUAUUCCGCACCGAGCACAAGGAGCUGCUGCGCCAGCAGAUGUGGUCCAUGGAGGAUGGCAACAACAGCGAUGGCCAGCAGAACAAAUCGCCCUCGGGCAGCUGGGCGGACGCCAUGGACGUGGAGGCGGCCAAGAGUCCGCUGGGCUCGGUUUCCAGCAGUGAGUCCGCCGAUCUCGACUACGGCAGUCCGAGCAGCUCACAGCCACAGGGCGUCUCCCUGCCCUCGCCGCCGCAGCAACAGCCCUCGGCUUUGGCCAGCUCGGCUCCUCUGCUGGCGGCCACCCUCUCCGGUGGAUGUCCGCUGCGCAACCGGGCCAACUCCGGCUCCAGCGGCGACUCCGGAGCAGCUGACAUGGACAUCGUUGGCUCGCAUGCACAUCUCACCCAGAACGGGCUGACAAUCACGCCGAUUGUGCGGCACCAGCAGCAGCAGCAACAGCAGCAGCAGAUCGGAAUACUCAGCAAUGCGCAUUCCCGCAACUUGAACGGCGCACACGCGAUGUGCCCGCAGCAGCAGCAGCACCCACAACUGCACCACCACUUGACCGCCGGAGCUGCGCGCUACAGGAAGCUGGACUCGCCCACGGAUUCGGGCAUUGAGUCGGGCAACGAGAAGAACGAGUGCAAGGCGGUGAGUUCGGGGGGCAGUUCCUCGUGCUCCAGUCCGCGCUCCAGUGUCGACGAUGCGCUGGACUGCAGCGAUGCCGCCGCCAAUCACAGCCAGGUGGUGCAGCAUCCGCAGCUGAGUGUGGUGGCCGUGUCACCAGUACGCUCGCCCCAGCCCUCCACCAGCAGCCAUCUGAAGCGGCAGAUUGUGGAGGACAUGCCCGUGCUGAAGCGCGUGCUGCAGGCGCCGCCACUGUACGACACCAACUCGCUGAUGGACGAGGCCUACAAGCCGCACAAGAAGUUCCGGGCCCUGCGGCAUCGCGAGUUCGAGACCGCCGAGGCGGAUGCCAGCAGUUCCACUUCCGGCUCCAACAGCCUCAGUGCCGGCAGUCCGCGGCAGAGCCCAGUGCCGAACAGUGUGGCCACGCCCCCGCCAACGGCGAGCAGCGCCGCCGCAGGUAAUCCCGCCCAGAGCCAGCUGCACAUGCACCUGACCCGCAGCAGCCCGAAGGCCUCGAUGGCCAGCUCGCACUCGGUGCUGGCCAAGUCCCUCAUGGCCGAGCCGCGCAUGACGCCCGAGCAGAUGAAGCGCAGCGACAUUAUCCAGAACUACUUGAAGCGCGAGAACAGCACCGCCGCCAGCAGCACCACCAAUGGCGUGGGCAACCGCAGUCCCAGCAGCAGCUCCACGCCGCCGCCGUCGGCGGUGCAGAGUCAGCAGCGGUGGGGCAGCAGCUCGGUGAUCACCACCACCUGCCAGCAGCGCCAGCAGUCCGUGUCGCCGCACAGCAACGGCUCCAGCUCCAGUUCGAGCUCCAGCUCCAGCUCCAGUUCGUCCUCCUCCUCCACAUCCUCCAACUGCAGCUCCAGCUCGGCCAGCAGCUGUCAGUAUUUCCAGUCGCCGCACUCCACCAGCAACGGCACCAGUGCGCCGGCGAGCUCCAGUUCGGGAUCGAGCAGCGCCACGCCCCUGCUGGAACUGCAGGUGGACAUUGCCGACUCGGCGCAGCCGCUCAAUUUGUCCAAGAAAUCGCCCACGCCACCGCCCAGCAAGCUGCACGCUCUGGUGGCCGCCGCCAAUGCCGUUCAGCGCUAUCCCACGCUGUCCGCCGACGUCACUGUGACCGCCUCCAAUGGCGGCCCUCCGUCGGCGGUGGCCAGUCCGGCGCCCAGCAGCAGUCCGCCGGCGAGUGUGGCCUCACCCAAUCCUGGCCUGAACGCCGCCGUGCACAAGGUCAUGCUGGAGGCGUAAGAGCGGGCGGAGGUAGGUGGAAGGUCGGAGAAGUGGGAGAGACAGAGACAGAGACUGGGUGUGGCAGUGGCAGUUCAGCGAUGCAAGAAGCAGGAUCAAUUAAGGAUCGGCGGGAGUUGAAUUAAAUUAUUUUACCUUUUAAUUGAGCCGUGUACAAAGUUUGAAAGCAAAACCAACAUGCAUGCAAUUUAAAACUAAUAUUUAAAGCAACAACAAACAAAACAACUACAAGUUAUUAAUUUAAAAAAGAAAGUACCAACAAACAAACAAACAAACAACAAAAAACCCAAGCUUGAAUGGUAUUACAAAAGAAAAAGAAAAACAGAAAAAGAAAAAACAUAAAUAUAUUUUAGCAGUUAAACUUUAACGUAGCAAGAAACCAACAAACCCAAGGCAGCGCUCUGAUUUUGCAUUAACUUUUCUUCAGCUGCUACCGAAAACGCCCCCACGCCCCCCGCCCCUCAAGCCCCCUCUCACCCCCCACCACACGUCUUUCGACCCCUGAUUGUUUUAUAAGUUUUAAGCUCUUGUUGUACAUAUUAAUUACGUUUAUUGGUAACUAUGUUUAGCGCUUUAGUUGUAGUUGGAGCAAAACUACUUUGCUUUUUUUGGAUGUUUUUUGAAAAAACUGCAAAUUAUUAUUAUUAUUAAAUUUUUAAAUACCUAAAAACAAAAACAAUGUGUGUGAAAUUUUUUAUUGUGCGAUCUCCAAGCAGAAUUGAAGUGCAGUUUGCAACAAAUUUUAACUACGAUUAAGUUGAUAACGAUUCAUUUUUUAUGAAUUUAACUAAUUUUAUGAAUUUGUUAUAGUUUUCCGAACCCCCCUCCCUCCCUCCUAUCGAACUUUCUAUCUGACCAACUAGCUACCCGUAUUCCUGAGUUCUCCUUUGGCACAAAGCUCUUCUCUAUGCUAAAGAAUCAAGUGGAAUAGAUAUUGUUUUCUAAUUUUAAAACUACCACAAAAAUUACGAUUAAAAUAAACACGAAGUAAUUGAAAAUCAAACAAAAUGCUUAAAGUUUUAGCAGCAAGCAGUAAAACGACGAUGAAGAAGAGAAGCCCAACGUUAAAUAUAUCUGUUGUGUACAUAGUUAAAUGUUAAAUUAAACACAAAAACAUAUUUAAAGUACAUAUAAAUACACAUAAUUAUUAAUGAAGAAACCUAUGCUUAAAAGAUUCAAUGUUUGAUUGGCAUCUUAGAAAACCAAGC